GAUUGGUCGGCUGCGAUUUUAGAAACGUAGCUCGGUCAGCCGUCUGCCGUCACGUCGUCACUUGUUUUUCCAUUGUUGCUGUAGUUUUAGUACUCUAGUCUCUUUGUGAUUAUUUGAUUCCAGUUUUUAGUUUUAAUUUGAUAUUUUGCUUGAACUGCUGUUUGUCGUACGUUACUACGGUACUAGUCCUCGAGCCUCUCAUGAGGAAGCAUUUUUUUUUAUUUGAGGUUGUGUGACAUACGGAAUAGUGCAAGUGAUUUGUCGAAUUAGAAACGCGUAAAUUCUGCUGCCUUUAAUAGGGCUUUGAUUAAUUUUAUUCACUUAUGUGUGUCAAGCUGCACGCAAAACUUAUUCACAAUAUUAGUUUGAACUUUAGAAAUUACUACAAUGCGAGAAGAAAUCUCAGCAGCAGUUCUCUUUUUAGUCCGCCUGAUAGAGAAAAGCGAAAACUUUAACAAAGAACAGCUGGAAGAUUUUAAGUUGCGUCUAUCCGAACUUCUUGUUGAACGUUUUGAAAAUCAUUGGUUUCCCGAUAAACCUUUUAAAGGUCAGGGAUAUAGGUGCAUAAGAGUAAAUGAACGUGACAGGAGGGAUGCUACCCUUGAACAAGCAGCUCGAGCAUGUGGCAUAAAGUAUGAAGACAUGAAACUUCCAGUGGAAUUGACACUUUGGGUGGAUCCUAACGAAGUUUGCUGCCGGUUCGGCGAAAACAAAGGAUCGUACUGUACAUUAGCAUCAUUCAGUGACAAGGAGAACCGGCUGGUGAAGAAGGAGCCUGGCUCCACUGAGGACAUGUCAAGUGCAAGUAGCGAAGGAGAAGAGCCGACGCCAACGGGCAAACUUCGUUCGAAAACUGCUGCUGAAAAGAAGCCCCAGGUGUCGCCAUUGUCACCUAGAAAUGCUCGACAAGGAGGCGGUAACAACAACAACAACAACAAUACAAAGAAGUCGUCAGGAGGUGGCAACAACAAGCAGAAGCAAAACCACAACAACAACAACAACGGCAGCAUGCGCCGGCCGAACAACAUGGCGGGUAGCGGGGGUCACUUGGGCGGAUCGCAGUCAUGGACUCAGUCGUGGUACGCCAGCCUGAUGACGCCGCACUGGAUGGGAGGCCACCAGGGGGGGCCCCUGCCGCCCCCGCACCCCCUGCACCCGGCCGCCAUGAUGCGCAACCGCCCCCUGCCACCCCCACAUCCCCUGCACCCCGCCGCCAUGCCGCCGCGCUACGCCAACUGGCCCAAGGCUCCGCUCAAGGUCUAGCAGCCUCCACCAAUCUGCUACUUGCCCACAUCUUACUAUAGUAGUAGACCAACGACUAAUAUUUUUAUGCAAAACAUCGAGAUCUACAAAUUUCGUGUAAUUCAUUGACUCAACUAGUGUCUCCCUUUGAUAUCUCGUCAAUGUUGCGGAUAUGAAAAUUUCACUGUUGUAAUAUUGAUCUCUCAAUAUCAACUUUGUCCUACACUACCUAUUAUCUCUGUCAAUAUUGUAAAUAAUAUGUUAUUCCAAAUUUAACAUUAUGUGUGUAUAGAUGUGUAUACUUUAUGUUGUUAUAUCAACUUGUUCAACUACCAACCAUGUUCAUGUUUUUGCUGUAUAGAAAUUUUAUCAUUGGAAACAAUAUCCCUUUUUGUACAUACAAAUUGAGAUGAAUAUAAUAUAUUAUAUAUGGAAUUAACUACAAAUUAUAUAUGUGUGAAACGCCACACAUAGUCUAUUAUAGAAUUUCUAAGGUCGUAACUAUUGAUAUGUAGAUUUGAAAAGAAAUUAAGUAUCUUUUGAUGAACUAACUAAUUAGAACAGUUAUGUAUAAUUCUAUUUUUUAGGUAGCAUUAUAGUUAACAUCGCUAGUUUUGUCAAAAUUGAAAUAAAAUUAGCAUUUUCAUCGAAACAAUUUUAUAUUUCUUGUAAAUAUAUCGCAGUUAUUCAAUUAUAUAGUUCACGUAUAUCAUUUGCUUUAAUAGAAUAGAGAAUCGUUGAACGUAUCUAUGUGGGAGAAAGAAUAUUAGUAUUUUAUAAUGUAUAAUUGCAUAUAUUAUACCUCCAUCCAGUAUUUCUUGCCAUAUUUAUGUUUCCUGGACUACUAUAAUAGGUCAAUAGACUAUUAUUAUCAUCAAAGUACAUUAUUUAACUUUCGGAUGAACUUAACUAGUAAUUAUAUAUCUUUUCUCAUUAUGUGUUAUUUUGUACUCAUUAUAAUAGCAGAGUAGCUUUUUCGUUGUCGGUAAUUUGGAAUUUAAAUGUUUUUUCUUAUUCACUAAUAACUAUUACACUUAACUAUGCGUUCUUCCAGACAAGUGAGAUCACUUCGUCCUAAAAUUGACAUGCUCAAUUCAAUAAUAAUUAUAAGCCAUAGUUUAAUAUUUUAAACAUACGGUCAACAAUUGCAUCAUCGAAGAAAGUGAAUAGCAAGUUAAUUUGUACUUGACUAAAUAUAAAGUAAGUCGAUGAUGAGCUUCUAGAUCGCCGGCCUCACCAUUGAUCUCACGUGACCGGUGUACAAUGAUCAUUCUUAGCAUUAUUUAAUCCUCUAAUUCUGCAUAAUAUUUAUCUUGAAUUAUCUCCAGUAAUAUUCAUUUUAUUAAUAAUCCAUAAUCUGUUUUGUGUUUUGUUUUCAAUAAAUUGGAAUUAAGGAAAUCACUUCUUAUUAUUUAUGUGGUUUACAAAAGGGGUUUAAAAUCUUUUUGAUUUAUUCACAGGUUUUUACAUCAAAUAGGAAAUUCUUUUCAAUCACUGCUAAUGCUUUAUUGCUAAUAAGUUGCUCUUAUUUUUACUACAUCAGAUUAUUAACGUAUUCUCUACUUUGGACCAUUUCCACUAAGCACGCGAUGAUAGAAAAAGUCCAUAAUUUAGAGGUUGGUAUAUUCAGUUUUAAUGUCAUUUUCAAUGUAACUCGUAAGAAAUGUUAAAAAUAUAGGGUAAAGAAAUUUUCAAGUACUGUAGAAUAAUUUAAGAUUUUGAAGGUGAAAUCCUUACCACCUUUCCAAUAUUCAUCCAAUGGAAUAAUGACUGUUAAUUAAUGUCAAUUUUUCAUGGAUAAAGUUUGACUAUUUUGUUAAAAUUGAACAGAGCAUUAACAAAUCAAACUGUUCAUAGAAAAUGUAUUUAAAAUAAAAUUAGGCUAUAAAUAUAUUAUAAAAAUUCUACCAAUUCCAUAUUUUAUUGGUGUUUUUUAUUUGCUGUAAUAAUAAUAAAUUAUGCUCACGUAAAUUGAGGAAGUUUAGAAAUGCUACCUCUAAAUGUUGGUAACCAGAAAAAUAAAUUUGCUCACGAUAUUGGAAUUUGCUACGAACUGUUAAUAGUAAAGCCAUGUUAUGGUGAAAUCAGAACUCCUUUGUUGAUGUAUGUUCAGUAAAUUAGUUAUGGCUAAUGUUUUUAUGUUGCUCUUAACUCUCCUUCAAUCACCUUAUUCUCAACCUCAAAAAGUAGGUGCAAGUCCGAUUCAAGGCUCAUUGACAACUUCGCAUUUGCUAUGAAUGUAGUAGAUAGUGUUAUCAAUGUUGUAAUUAUUGUACUCUCGCAUGUAUCAUUAAUUCUACAAACAGCUGUCAUGUGUCUAGGAGCUGAUUACUGUAUAUCUUAAUGUACAGAAAUAUAUAUUGUAUAAUGAAGAAUGGUUACGGAACUUGAUUAUCACCGUGAUCCUCAAAUAUUAUUGUCUCGAACCAAAUGAUUUUAUUGACGUUUUUAGCAAACUUAGUCGAUGUUAAAUUUGUACCGCAUCUUAAUAACUAAUUGGUUUUGGUGUGAAAAAAUGAAUAGCUUAUUAGUAUAGAUAUUGUAUUGUAUUUUAGAUGUUUCAGUGUUUUUAUCUUGGAAGCUAAUAUAUCUAUAUUUUGUGCUAAGAAUGCUUAUUAUUAGUCGUGGUAUUUGGGAUUUGCAGGCGAAUAAAUCGCAAUAAAUGUUGCUUGUGAUGCGAACCCUUUGCACUUGUCGAGAAGUAUUGAAACUUUUUAAAUUUGAUGUUAUAUCUAUUUAGCAUUAGUAACUAGAAUCGUUCGUAAAUGUAUUUCAAAGUGAAAUAAUAAAUAUCCUACCUACAACUCAUAUUAUUGUUGAUGUAGCAUCUUCCAAAUUUUAUCCAUGUUAUGAUAGCACAGUCUUAUUCUUUACAAGAACAUUAUGAUCACCAGCUUUAAGAAAUAUGGUCGAGGAUCUUGAAGAAAUAUGCUAUUGAAGAAUUUUGAAAAAUACAGAAGCGCCUUGAUUAUCCGACCAAGUUAGUGUACUACAAUACUUGAUAAAUAACUGUUCUACUUUUAUAACUGGAAGCUUUAGCAGAAUGAUUUUUAUCAUUAACUUGAAAUAUUCAUUCAGCUGUAAUCUUGAUACUUCUCGAAUUGCUGUAACAUAUUUUUUCACCUAAUACUAUACAGCUAAAUCCAUUUUCCUUAUUUUAGCGUUCCUAUUAUUCUCCGGUAGUCCCUCAAGUGACUGAUAAUCGAGGUGCUACUCUUAAUUGGAUAAAGUAAAUAGUAGUUUGAAAUAUUUUUCUGGAAUGUCUUAAAUAGAGUGAACUCUUGAAUGAAUGAAUGAACCAUGUAACUAGGUAACUUAUAAUUUUCAAGUUGCAGUUUCAGUUAAUGAAACUUACCGUAUAUUAACUUAUAUUAUAACCAUUAUUAAUAAAAAGCUCACUGAUCAUUUAUUGAACUAAGAUUAAAUUUUAUUGUAUCACAAAAUUUGAUAAUGCUGCAUUUUCUUCAAGUCAGUAGCACUUGGAUUCUCAAGUAUUGUUUCUUAAUCUUAUGGCCUAUGGCUGUGAUAUAGAAAUUAUUGGACUUUUUAACAUCACAUGACUGAUGUCGAAAUAAAAUUAAAUAGACUAAAUAAAUUAUAUCAGAGAAAUUGGAUAAAAUUUAGCUGAGUGUUGAAUUGUUAUUUUGGAGUGUGUUGUUAUUUAUGACAAAUAUGAAGGUUUAUUGUAAAAGAAGAUUUCUAUUAAAUAAAUAUUCUCAUAGAUUUUUAUUUCCGCUAGAAUUAUCUGGCUAAUGUUGAUAUGUAUUAUAUAUUAUAUACCAUUUUCAAAUUUAUCUUAAAAGAGCUGAUAACGUUACCAAUUUUGACUUCUCGUCAUUAAGAUGAGUUAUUCGAAUUAUGUUCGUACUCUGUACGCAAAACUCCAAUUUAUUGUGUGAGUUGUUACAUUUGUGCCAGAUAAACUUGAAAUCAAAUUUUAUGUCGUUUUAAAAUGUGCCACUUGCUGACCACAAUUGUUUAAUGAAAUUAGCCUUGUAUUCUUGUUUCUUAUGUACAUUGAUUUUCCCUAUUAUUUUGUUACCGUACUCAACAUAUUCACUGGACAAUUGUACUUAAUAAUGUUGAGGAUAAACCAGAUAGUACAAUUUUGAAUUUUCAUUAUAUCAUAUUCAGAUUCUCUCAAUAUGUCCGGUUCUAUUAAUCUUACUUUUCUAUUUUCUGUCCUUGAAUAGAAAAUAGAGUCUUGAAUCAUAUCCAGAAAUUAAUCUCAAUUGCAAAGUCAACAGAAAUUUCACUAUCUGGAGCUUUCUCGCCUAUCCCAAUUUUUGUUUUGUCCAUUGAUAGUGUGCUAUAGUUUUUAUAGAACGAACACUAUAACUUCAAUUUGAGAAUUGAGGAAUACACAUUCCCGAAUAAUUAUUACAUUUUUGACAAAUCAAAAUUGUUUUGCAUUGUAAUCUCUUCUAAACUGUUUUUAAAUAGUGUCCGUCUUAAGUUAUGGAAAUAUUCACAUUUUUGUAUGUAUUUUUCUACUAAACAUUUUUGUGCUGACUAGAAAUAUUGAACAAAAAUGAUUAAAAUACUAAUAAAUUUAAUUGAAAGUAUAGCAGAGCGAUACUAUUAUAUAUUAUUUCAGUUGUAUAUUAAUAUUCCUACUAAAGAUAGUCUUCUUAUGAUUUUAAAAUAUGAUUUUCUGUUGAAAGCAUUCAAAUUCUUCUUACGCAAAUUAUCGAAUUGUAAAUAAGUAAGUAAUUGAGGGAAUGAUAAGUAAACAAGAUUUUUUAAAAAACACUUCAAUAGCUUAGCUUUAUUGUCAAGUAAAAACGGAUGAAAUUAUUUGUUUAAAACAUCUUUUGAUACUCGUGGUUGAAUCAUGAAUUUAUCAUAGGUAAUCAUUCUGUUGGCAUAAAUUAUCUCAAAAUAAUGAGUUUAACUCUAUUUGUAUCUUGAGUUUUUAUUAUUUUCUAUUCAGUUGGCAUGAUUCAAAUCAUAGACCUUAUCUCCAAAGACUAUUGAUCUCAUUCAAUUUCAGUGAUCGUAUAUUUGUGUUUGGUCAGUUGCACAUCAGAAUACGUAAUUUUUAGUUUACAAUAUUUAAAUAACUGUUUUCAUCCGAAAACCUCUAAUGCCAUGUUAUGAUUGAAUUUAGUGCAACAAUAGUAAUAACAUGAUAAUAAUGUUCAAUUCACCUUUUCAGUACAAGAGUUCACUGCUCUCUUUGCACUGUAGGCUGUAUGUGGAAUCCCAGCUAUUUAAACAAUCCGAGCAAUUUACUUAUAAAUUAAAAUGUUCUAUUAAUGAUGACAACUUGGAGUACAGUAGCCUAAUCGUAGAGUUUCAAUUAGAUCUGGUUUUCAUCGUGUUCCUGUACAUAAAUCCCAGUGGAGUUUAAAAUUAAUUUCCAAGUGAAAAUCAAUACCGUAAUUUAUUUAAAUGAAAGAAAUAGUCCUCAUUUUAUGUUAUCUUAAUUAACAUCAUAUUAUAUUCUUCGAUUUUCCAGAAAUGGUAAUAAUAACGGCUUAAUCACAAAACGUCUUGUUUCUUCAAAUUGAAUUCAAUCAAUGAAAUAUUUUGUAGGAAUUACUAAGAUAUUUCAUGAGUGGUUUUAAAAUUAUAAUACUGUAUUCAAAAUUGUAUCGAAUUCUGUAUACUUUUAAUAAACCAAUAGUAUAGUGGACUAAACCAAAAAUAUAAAUGCUCUAAUUCCACUGGGCUUUAACACUGCGUCUGAAAAUCUUACCAUUCACCUUACACAUUGAUGAUUUUUGUGUUAAAUAUUUUCAUUCUGUUUUAUUACUAAGAUGUAAAUUAUUCUCAAAACCAACUACAAUCAUUCAUGGAAUUCAAAUUUAGAAAUUACAACAUUUCAAUUUUCCAAUGUUAAUAUGUCAUUCACAUUUCAUCACUCACUUGAACGUUGUAUUAUUAAUGUCUUGAAGCUUCCAAAUGAGCUUUUUAUUGGAUGUUUUAGAUGUUAAUUGAAAUAUAUAUGUAUGUAUAUAUAUAUAUAUUUAUCACUUGCUGUCUAAUAUAGAUGUGUGUUAAUAAUUUUGAAUCGAUGUAAAAUCGAGAGAUGUUGAAAGCUACGUUAUGUUCUAGACUGCAUGAUAUUUAAAUAUUCAGUAUAUGUAUGCACUAUUUGAAAGUGUCAAAUGUUUGUCUCUAUUUCCAUUGUUGGGUAUAAUUCAACGUUUGAAUUGUGUGUUCGUACUCAACAUCAGUCGAUGUUGUACUCACUUGAAUGGAAAUUCCAUGUUGGUAACCAUGGUACAGAUCAUUAAAUGCACUGUUGCAUUAUAUGGUAUAGUACGGUACCUUUAUAAUAUCUUGAUGUACGUACAAAAUUGUGGCAUUGAAUUUAUUGAUGUUUAUAACCUAUUAACAGUAGCUCGUCUUAAAUUUAUGUGCAUUAGUAAGGAUUUUCCAACUCACGUUUUUUACUAAAUUAUUGUUUGUUAAUCAGUUUAAUUAUAUAAAAUAUUUUACAGAACGUGUAAAUUUUUUAAUAUUAUUUUAUUUGUGGAAAUUGAACAAUAUAAAAUAAAAUUUAUGUAAUAGAAAAUGGUUUAGUUACUUGAUCUGUGAAAAUAAUGUAUAUUGUGUUUGUGAUAAUUAUUAUUUGUUGAGUUUUUUAUAUUUUAUGUACUAUAAAAUUUUAAAAUGUGGAUUAAUGAAUGCUAUCAACGGUUGCAGUUAUCAAGUAGUGAUAGAUAUCUAUGAUGUUAAUAAAAUUCUACAUAAAUUCUUUAUUUUUCUAUAUAUUGUGAUACUGGUGGUAUUUAGUUCAAUUUUACAAUGUUAUAUAUAUUUCAAAUUCUUGUCCAAGAACUUGACUGGUUUUUAUAAACUUUAAUGUAAUUAAUAAUUGAAGAACACAUUGAAUUUUUACAAUAGAAGCUCAGAAUUCACAUAUUGGUAGUAGUUUUUUUGUACAAUAUCUAUAAUGAUAUUAAAUCUGUUCUCUAGUCGUGAUAAAUUUGAAAAACGUGUAUUGGAACAUCAAUUAUUACACAUAAUGACUUUCUGUGUUUCUCAAAAUGUCUGAAACAUUCCCUUCAAGUCUGAUGUUAGAAGAAGUAGUUAUGGAAUAUAAAUGUCUCGAUAUUUGUGUAUUGAAUAAAAAAAUUGUUACUAGUGCUCUUUGAUCAUUCAAAUUUUUUUCAGUUUCCAAAUAUUCAAGUUCUGUAUGGCUUUUAAAUUGUUGAAGAAUCUAUUGUGUUUUAAAUAUAUUUCUAUAAAGCUGUUGAUUAUAUUCGAUUGAGUGAAGAUGUUCAUUUUAAUUUGAAUUGAAAAAUAAUAAUUCUAGGUAAAUAUGUAGACUAUUUUCAUUUUUCCUUAUUAGCUACUCAAACUUGUAUCGACAUUUUUAACAGCUUAUUGAAUUUUUAUAUUACUAUAUGUUUUAAUUGUUCAUGAUUUGUGUAAUUCCUACUAGAUUGCCAAUUUUAUCUAGAGAACUGUAUGUUUGCCAUUUUACUUUCAAUGUAUUAGUUUUAAUUUGACUAACUUGUUUAGGACUAAUUAUUUCUAAGAUUUUGAAUCAAGGAAGCACCCUAUUAUGUAAUAAUCAACUGUAUCGGUGUAUUAGAAAAAAAUAUAGUUUUUGCAACUGA